CAGUGAAAUCAAAUAGAUUCUCUCAAAAAAAAAAAAAAUAUCAAAGAGAGAGAAAUCGAACGGGAUAGAAUCACUCCUCAUGUCAUCUCAAAAUCUCAAAUUGAUUAUCCAGCUUUAAUUGUGCUAACGACCAGCGAGUAACGACACAGCAGAAAACCCCACUUUUAUUUAUGAGAAUCUGCAAGAUGUUAGUUUUCUUCAAAUCUUGAAAAACAUUUGGAUUGGCCUCUGGUGACUGUGUGGUUCAUCGGUUUCCACGACCAGUUCAUAUAUCCCAAUUGCAUGUCCGUCUCAAUCUUCCUAGCUUUGACCCUUUCACUCUCUCACCUAUCAGACACAGACAAACCCAUACAAACCCAUGUUCCAAUUUGAGUGAAUUGAGCUCCCUUCGUCUUCUCCUUUUGUUCACCCUCUAGUUACACUCUCCAAUGGCGUCUAUGUCUCGAUUCAUUGCCAAAGAUUGUAUAUUGCAGCCUUGUGAUGCUGUUUACAGACCAAGUAGUUGCUUAUCUUCAAGGAGGCUUCAAACCCAAUUGGAUUUUACAGGUACAUUUGGUUUGCCUGAAAAUGGAAAGGGUUGUUUGGCAAUUCACACAGCACCAAGGAAUUCGAUUGUUGCUCUUUCGGCUCCUACUUCAAUGCCCCAACCUUCAAGGUAUUCUCAAGUUGUAUGCAAGGCAGCAACAAAUGCGUCUGGAGAUAUUCCAGGUAGCGCUCCAACUGAAAUGACCCAAUAUGAGAGAAUAAUUGAGUUGCUGACAACUCUUUUUCCUGUGUGGGUCAUAUUGGGUACCAUCAUUGGCAUCUAUAAACCUUCUGCGGUAACGUGGUUGCAAACAGAUCUUUUCACUGUUGGCUUGGGUUUCCUUAUGCUUUCAAUGGGACUGACCUUGACUUUUGAGGAUUUCAGACGAUGCCUACGAAACCCAUGGACUGUGGGUGUAGGAUUUCUCGCGCAAUAUUUGAUAAAACCGAUGUUAGGUUUCUUUAUUGCACUGACGUUAAAACUCUCUGCACCUCUCGCAACUGGUCUAAUUUUGGUUUCUUGCUGCCCUGGAGGCCAGGCAUCAAAUGUUGCUACGUAUAUUUCAAAGGGAAAUGUAGCUCUCUCUGUUCUUAUGACGACGUGUUCAACUAUCGGGGCUAUUAUUAUGACACCACUGCUCACUAAGCUUCUUGCGGGUCAGCUUGUUCCAGUUGAUGCUGCUGGCCUGGCCAUUAGCACUUUUCAGGUUGUUUUAUUGCCAACAAUAGUAGGAGUGUUGGCUAAUGAAUUCUUCCCCAAAUUCACUGGAAAGAUAAUCACUGUAACGCCUUUAAUUGGAGUUAUCCUCACCACCCUACUCUGUGCAAGUCCAAUCGGACAAGUUGCAGAUGUGUUGAAAACUCAGGGAGCACAGUUGUUACUUCCUGUGGCCCUCCUACACGCUGCGGCUUUCGCUAUUGGGUACUGGAUUUCAAAAUUAUCAUUUGGUGAAUCAACUUCUCGUACGAUCUCCAUAGAAUGUGGAAUGCAGAGCUCUGCACUUGGAUUUCUACUUGCACAAAAGCAUUUCACCAAUCCUUUAGUGGCUGUCCCUUCUGCUGUAAGCGUUGUUUGCAUGGCGCUUGGUGGGAGUGGUCUUGCUGUAUGCUGGAGGAACAUGCCAAUCCCUGCCGAUGACAAGGAUGACUUCAAGGAAUGAAAACAAAGUCUAAAUCUUUCCUGUUUUCUGGUAUCAUUUUUUCUAACCUGUUGCUAGUUUCAGUGAUGGAUUUUCUGUCAUUUUGCUGGUUUGGAAAAAAUACUUGUCAUGCACAAUCUUCACCUUUUUUGCUUCCAGUGCAGAAGGGUAUUCUUGGGUCUAGGUAUUUGAUUAAAAGUGAGCCAUAGAGCAUUGCAGAUAGGUUGGAGAAUUCGAUGCUGUUUGAAAUUUGAGAAAUAAAAGAAAAUUAUAGUGA